AUGGACCUCUCCUCUCUCGAAGGACUUCCUAUCCAGGACACCAGGUUCUGUGGCUCCGGCUCCGGUUCCGGUUCCUCGUGGAACAACAGCACCCCCCAUAUUAUUCUCGACCAUGUUGAGAGUCCCGUGAGUCCGUUAGACCCAGUCCGCGAUCUACCGCCGCGACCAGCAUCGACGGACGCCACCCCCCGCCGACGUAAAUAUCCGGGUACGGCAUCCAAUGCUGGAAUCUGGCAGAGCUCCCCCUCUCCGAAUCCAUUGCCAGCAUCCCAGCCCUCGCCAUGUGCUAUUCUCUCUUCCCCCGCGCCCCGAGACACCCGCACCCACACCAGUAGCCUCUCGACACCGCACCAGCUCGUGUGGCUGGAAAGCGAACAGACCUGGGUCCUAACCACGACGACGAUUACUACAACCACCACCACCACCACCACCGCCACAAACCCCCCCACAGCUACAACUCCGACGACGCUGUAUCCGUCUCAAUACCGCACCAGUCAUCGUGGGCUCUCCCACUCCCGCUCGAUGGAAGUGUACCCCUCCACGGAAGCAGACGACAUCCCACCUCCUUACGAACAGCACAUAUACGAUCAGCCGCUUGGCCCUGAUCCGGUGGUAGUGCGAGCCCCAGCUCCGCCAGAGGUAGCGCCAAGUGCAGGCGGAUCUCGCUGGGCGGCCGUCGCGCGACGGAUCAACCGAACGGCUCCGAUUUGA